AUGGCAACUGCGAUUGCGCUCUUGCAGGUUGCAACGGUUAUGACGGUUAUGAGAGGGAAAGAGCAAGACGCGAUAUGGUAUAGCGGCAUGUGUAUAAUGCGGAUUAAAGUCAAACGCAAGAGCGGACACAUAUCAGAACACAACUGGCACUGUGAGGUUCAAGCCGAAGAUCGUUGGAUCGAGAUGGAAUUGGAUUGCAACUUGCAGGCUCAGACUUCCGGUCGAUGA